UCCCCUGCCCCCCCGAUUUUAAUCAGCCCUCGACUUUUCAAGAAUACAUACAAGCAAAUAUCAAAUCCAAACAAUAGCACCAUGGCCAGCUACCAAACGCCCAAGACGGAACUUAACACCGCCAAAGUCGAAGCGAAGGUGGCAGCGCAACACGCAGCGGAAGCCUCGGCUCACGCCUCAACAGCAGCAAAACUCGCUGCGGUAGAUACUGCACAGAAAGUUCAAGAGUCUGUCGAAGAAGCUAAGCUGGAGGUGGAACAAAAGUGGGAGGAGAAGAAGCCAGCUGUUAAGGCGUAUUUCAACCAAGGAAAGGAUCCUGAAUUGGUCGCCGCAGAGGAGGAGAGGAAGGCAUUGGAGAGGUCUUAGAGAUCAUAAAUUGAGAGAGGACCAAUAGAUGCGGAUGUCAACGACUUUUGCAGAUGGUUGCGCUUUUUCAACUUGUGAUGUCCAUGUAAAUAAUAAUACUGUUUUCUUAUACUUGUUGAAAUGGUCAGAAUGAAUGCUAGAGUCCAGCCUGUUAUAUUACCAAUAAACCAUUCGC